AUGGAUGUUGGGGAUUGGAAAGGAGAUAUUUAUUGGACGAAGGUGAAGGGGCUGGGACAAUUAACAGCGAUAAUUAUCGUUGAGGGUUUGGCUGAUUCUUUUCAAGUGUCAACGAUUCAAGAAGAAUUUAUUGUGGCUGCUACUGCUCACUACGAGCGUAAGCAGUGUGGUGGUGUGGUUGAUUUUAACGAUUGUGGAAUUUUGGAGAGUGGUGAUAAUAAUAAUAAUAAUAACAAUAGUAAUGGUAAUGAAGGUAUCGAUAGAAAGUAUGAUAAUAAUAACGAUAAUUAUCACAACUGUAAUGGAGUAUUGUGCGGCGAUUGGAAUUUAGAGUAUCGAUUGUUUGAUUGGGAAAAAUAUCCGAAAUUUGUGAAGAAAAAAAUGGGUGAUUUUAGAUGGAAACCAUUAAUAAUUGCGGAAAUGUUAAAAGAAUAUCAGGCGAUUUGGUAUGUGGACAGUAGUGUUAUCUUCAAAAAUAACCAUUCGAAUGGUGUUAUGGAGCGCUUAUUGAAGUGUUAUUCUGAAAUGAGGCUUGAAACGGAGAGUGUUGACGACUCUAAAGCAAAUAUUGUGUUCACAAAGCAAAAUAGUGAUGCAACUGAUGAUCUAUCGCAGCAGCAGCAGAAAUCUAGGAUAAGAAGUAAUGGUGAAUGCUUGAUAUCAACCUACCUGUUACAUGCAUAUACUGGACAUGGAAUUUAUGCGGCAACUGACCCUGAAACAUAUCGUUUCAUACCGACAAAUUUGGAGAAAUUAAAGAAACCAACAGCGAAAAUGUAUGAAGCGGGACUGGCACUGGUUUUGCGUACUACGGGCACAAUGGAGAGUGUUCUGAGAUGGUGA